AUGAUCAACUACGCUGUCGCCUACGCGCCUGAGAAGGUCGAUAUCCCUGCAACGCUCGAGUUUCGCCUUCCGGAUGAGACUCCUGUCUCUGCAGCUCUGAAGGACGAUGGGUCCAUUGCUGUUACUCUGCGUGGUGGCGAGAAGCCUGUGGCGACAUUUGUGGCGCUUGAGCGUUCGCUGCGGACCAGCCUCCACGGUGUGAUCAACGAUGACCGCGCCGAGCAGCAUCCUGUCUUGGAGCUUCGGCCUGAAGGCGCAGAGCUCAGCACGGCCGACAUCUGGGCCUGCAUAUACGCUCUCUGGCUUCGCCGCGCAGACACGGACUACCUCCCGCUUUCCCUCGCCGCGGUGCCGAACGCGCUUCCCUACGUGAUCCAGACCGGUCUCGCGUACGUCCCGCCCAACGAUGCCGCGUACGGCGCUACCGACGUCCUCCUGCUCCGCGCAUCGUUCUGGCAAGCUGCCGGCGCCUCGCCUGAGCUCUCGUGGUUACGCUCGCCAGUCCCCGCCACACCGCUCCCGACAUUCCCUUCCGUCCCAGUCUUCACCCGCGCAACGAACGUCCUCGCGCUGCAUCCCCUGCGCCCGCCCAAGCCCUCGCCAGGGACCAAGCUGUACUCGCGCUACAUCGCCGCCGUCGGCCAGACGCUCUCCUUCACGCACAUCAACGCCGCGGACCCGCGCCACUUCGAGACGUACUGCCGCUGGCAGAACUCGGACCGCGUGAACGUCGGCUGGCGCGAGCGCGGCGACGAGGAGCAUCAUCGUUCGUAUUUGGCAGAGCGGCUGCAGGAUCGGCAUAUUAUGGGCUUUAUGGUGGAGUGGGACGGCGAGCUGGCUGGGUAUGGGGAGAUGAGCUGGGUUAAGGAGGACCAUAUGAGCACGUUUGUAGGUGGUCUUGGGGACUUUGACCAAGGCACGCAUCUGCUCGUCGGCGAAGAGCGUUUCCGCGGUCAUACUCGCUUCGCUGCUAUCAUGACCUCCAUGAAGCACAUGUGCUUCCUGCGCGAUCCGCGCACGGACGUCGUCGUCGGUGAACCCAGGGCGGAUCUGCCCAUCAUCCCUAAGCUCGUCAAAGCUCUUCCGCAAGAGGUCAACCGCACGUUCGACCUUCCGCAUAAGCGGGCGGUGUACUUCGUACUGCGCCGGCAACGUUUCUUCGAGGAGGGCUUAUUCUAUUAG